CCAAUCUACACGCUUCUGAAAGUUGAAUCACAAGUCGAGUAUCAGAUUUUCAAAUAACGAUCUAAUUCACUUAUGUUUCUCUGCCUCUUUCAUGUCAACGAGCUCGUGCUGUCAAUUUGUGAAUCACCCGUGGUUUGAGUUGUGAUUUGUUUUUGUUGGAAAUUUUGGAUUGUUGAUAUUCAUUUUCGAUCAUAUUUUCAAUCUUACAAUCAUGGUUAAAAUAUUCAUAGAAAGACCAACAUUUUAAUCGAUUUAUCAUGUUUGUACUAUGUUUUGAUAUCCAUGUGCGAAGUAAUUGUUUUCCUAUGGAUUGUAGAUUUACCUGAACUUGGAUACUGAAAUAUUCUAUAUCACAAUACCGAAAAAAGUUAAUGAACUUGUAAGGGAGCUUUAUAAACAAUAAAAUACCAUUGAUGACCACCUAGAUUGGAUUAUCACAAAAAUCAUGUCAAGCAACACCUCUGCAGUCCUAGACAUAGUUGUGGAAAGCAAAAACAUUGAACCAACUAGUGUGUGCAGUAAUUCAAAUUAUGAAAACUCAUUAGUGCAAUCACCAAGCUGUGAAAGCUACUCAACAAUUCAUGACAUUGAAAACCUCUCGGAAUUAAACAUGGAUGAAGAUUCUGACCUCUAUGUAAAAAUUGACAACCCACAAAAGCACAUGGAGACCUUGGAAACUUAUAUCACAUUUAGAAUUACUACAAAAGUAGCCAGAAUUGAGUUCUCAGAUUAUGAAUACGUUGUUAGAAGGAGAUACAAUGAUUUCUUAUGGCUACGGCAAAAACUUAUUGAGUGCCAUCCUUUCUGCAUUGUGCCUCCUUUACCAGCAAAACAUUCUUUGAUUGGGCAGCUAGACAGAUACUCCAAAGAUUUUAUACUCCUUAGAAUGAAAGCAUUGAAUGUAUUCAUCACAAGAAUUACUCAGCAUCCCAUUUUAAGUUGUAAUGAGCAUUUUAAAGUAUUUCUAACAGCCAAACCUGCUGAUUUUACAUUACAUCGAAGGCAAAGACAUCCAGUUGAGCAAAGAAUAUCAACACCAAUUAGUUCUAGCUCAUCACAUUCCAUUUUGAAGAACAGACAUAUAGAAUUUGAUAAAACUAGGAACUACUUAGCUGCAUUAACUGAAAAACUAGUCUCAUUCGAAAAAAUUUCCAGCCGUACGAACAAGGAACGAACCGAAUUCGUCACCGAACUGAACAACUACCAUCCGAUACUGACAACUUGGGCAGCAACAGAGCCAGAAGCGCAGCUGAAAGAGAUGCUACAGAAUAUGGGCGGAGCUUUGGAGAGGAACGCUGCUGCUCAGAACGCGCUCGUCCAUAGUUACGUCUCCAUUGUAGGACAACCUAUUCGCGAUUUUCUUCAGUACGUCGAUGUUGUACAGGAGACCAUUAGGAAACGGGAGGCAUACCAGUAUCAGUACGAAACGUCCAUCGACGAGCUGAAUAAAAAGCACUCCGAGAAAGAUAAGUUGGUAGCAAAUGAGGAGACACCAUUGCAAAACGCUACGUUCUCCUUGUGGAAACAAUCGAGGGAGGACCGGUUAGAAAAGCUAGGCAGCAGCAUCCCUCAACUGCUGAAACGGGUUGAAUCAAAUCAAGACCAAUUGGAGUGUGCCAACGAAUGCCUGCGCAGCAACUUAGAAUGGUGGCAGGCGGAAAAGCAAAAGUGUCUGAAGAAGAUCCUACUAGACUUUGUUAAUAAACAGGUGAACUACUACCAGACUACAGUGAACGCCUGGGAAUAUGUAUGUAAUGAGCUCAACGCGCAGCAAAAUGUAACCAAAAAUAAUACCAAAUGAAUAUUUUAAAUUUAUUUAGUUCUCCUUUUAAUAUUCAAAUUGAAAAAAUAAUUUAUUACCACCACAUUAUAUCUAUUAAACUAGAGGAUUUUCAUCUACAAAAUUGUAAUAGUAGCGUAACUAGCAAAUAUGUAUAUUAAAAGCGAGUAUUUUAAUUUAAUAAAUUGUACAAUGAUAUUAAACAGUGUUCGAAUUUAAAAUGUUUAAAGUGAAAUUGAAAAAGCACUUUAUGAAUACUCAAAAUGUGAUGUAAUUUUAAUAUACAGGAAUGUAAAAUUACAGAAAAUUGAUUCUAAAAAUCUGUAAACGAAUAAUUAUACAAAACUGACAUUGUAGCAUAAAUGCUAAAUUAAUGUUCAACAAACCAACAGAUUGAAUUUGCAGUAACAUAUGACUGUUGUGCACUGAAGUAGUAUUCAUAUAAACUGGUGGACAGUUGCUUUGCAACAUGAAACAUUUUACCCAAAUUCAAAUCUCGAUAUUUUCGGAAUGGAAAGAGAUAUCGAAUUGCGGUAUUCGGGAGGUUCAUCACUAACUGUUUGAGAACACCGACAGGGUUCACCGGUAUAUUUUUUCAUUUAUCCACAUACAGGGUGAGUAAAGGAAGUCUGUUUUUUUUAGCAAAGUUUGAGGCUAUGUCAGAUUCUCAAUUUUUGAUAUUGGAAAUUUUUCUAUGCAUUUUUUUGAUCUUUGAUCUUUUGAUCAUAUAAAACGGCACUCUCCUCUCGAUUUCUCGAGUUUAUUUUCCAUCAUUUUGAACUCACAGUCGUUUUAUUCGAACAAGAUUUCGGAAACAUACGUACUAUACUAUAUUAAUACUUUUAGAAUAAAUCUCCAGGGAAUUAUACUUCUGCAGUCAUCAAUAAUGCAGCCAUUUAGCACAUGCUACAUACUAACUAGUCUAAUACAGUUUGAAACUUAAUUGUGUCUUGCGUGCUAACUUUAUAAACGGUUCAGUGCAUUUCAGUACGAAAUAAUCUUUUUAUAAACUUUAAGGCUCAUCUGAGACUGUGUAAAAAUUUCUGCU